CACACACACACACACACACACACACACACACACACACACACACAGACACACAGACACACAGACACACAGAUCAGUCUGUGUCAAGUGCAAAAGACUGCAGCAUUAAGCAUGGCCUGACACUGUGUGUUGGUGGUGUGUCUACGGCUGGCAGCCCUGCGAAGCUCAGAGGACGUUCACAGUGUUUCCUCCAUCAGUCCCCGUCCCCCCCCCACCCUCCUCCACCGCCCUCCACCCAACCCCAGCCAACUGCUGUUAGUCAUCACAGCAGCACGACAAACAGGAACAUUUUAAACCGGAACUGUGGAGCCCUUAACCUCUCUCUCCUGGUGGAUGGUGCUCCAUUGUAGUCGGUUAUUUUCUGUUUGAUUCGGUUAAAAGAGGAAAUGAUUAUGAAUGGGGAUUUCUGUGUCAUUCUGGCGAUUCCGGGACACAAGCGGAUCUUGAGUGUGUGUGUGUGCGCGCGCCUCUGCGUGUGUGAGACGCCUAACGUGCUUGGUAAAGCGCCGCACGCGGACCUCAUGAAGACACAGAUCAAAGGGGAUGAGAUUAAGUGUUUAUAAUUCAGAACAGGCGUUGGCCGAAGUGCUUGGAGAGAGCGCUGCAUCACACGCACGCCGUCAGGCAGAUGCUCUCACACACACACACACACACACACACACACACACACACACACACACACACACACACACACACACACACACACACACACACACACACACACACACACACACACACACACGCACACACACUCCACACACAACCCAAUAAUUUCUAUUAUCAGACGCCUGGCAAUCCUUGACAAUCCCAGGAUGUGUGUCAAAGUCAGAGAGUUUCCUCACGGCACAGAUCGGGUUUCCGAAAAGCUAGUGGAACCCGUCGUGAAUCACAGGGAAGUAUUCUCCUCGGCUCUGCUGUCUGCAGGGACACUCGGGUGAACAUCGGAUGUUGUCUCCAGCCCUUAGGAGUGAUUUGACUCUGUGUUGAUGUCGAGCGAACGCACAGAUGGUACUGAUGCUGGCCACUCUCUGUAUCGAUGAGCAUGCUCCUGGUUAAAGGGCGUGGCCUCAAGGCUGCCGGAAACCUUGCGGUCGUCCAUCAGGUCCCGGUCAGGGCUGCACCGGCACUGAGACCGCUCCACAAACUGUAAAGGAGCAACAGAUAACCCUCCACACACACACACACACACACACACACACACACACACACACACACACACACACACACACACACACACACACACACACACACACACACACACACACACACACACACACACACACACACACACACACACACACGCAGCCUACCAAACAGGUGAACACACACAAUCGGUGAAUCUCCUCGUCUCUCUACCACAAUCCCCCCAACACGGCGCCGCUCAAACCCUGAGCCCCCCUGUCCACACGUACCGGAUCAGAUCCCGUUCCACCCCAUGGAGGCGCGUGCGUGUGCGCCGCCGCCCCGGCCCGCGGCCCGCUGUGAGAGAGAUUGAGGAGCCGGCGCUCAGAGCGAGAGCAGGGCUGCUGGCGUGUCGAUAACGCCGCUGUCCUUCCCCCAGCUGUUUAAAUCUCCUCCUUAGCAGGAGGGAGAGAGGCUCUGUCCUCCCUUACGCCCCCUCACAGAGACACACACACGGGGGGGGGGGAUCAGGAGCCCGCAGACUGACAAAGAGAGAGAGAGAGACAGGCAGGCCGAGUGUCGGACGGACACAGGCGGUAAGGCAGACGGACAGAGCGAGCGAUGUAGAGAGACAGCCAGACAGAGAGAGCGACAGGAGGAGGUACAGAGACGGACAGAGAGACAAACAAACAGAGACAGACAGACGGAGAGACGGAGGGAGAGCGUCAGGCUGACGGACGGGGCAGACAGACAGUGUGAGUUUUUUUUUAACACAACCAUGAAUGGUCCUCUGCCUAACCUCAGCCCCGGACACGACAACGCUGCCGCUUUGAUCCGCCGUCUCCCUACGACGCCCGCCUUAGAACGACGACCGGCAGGCGGUCCAGGUGACCACCGGACCACGAACCAACCGAAACCUGCCAGGAAUGCGCAGGGCUGAGAGUAACCUGGCAACCUAAAUUAAACCCCGGAAAGAAAGAAAACGGUCGCACGCAAACAAACACGCCCUACACACACACUUUGUAUGCAUCGAUCCGACGCACAGCAAGGACAAUGUGCAACAUCUCGUUCUGUGAAGUGGACAGCAAGGUGGACCAGUACUUCCAGCCCACCCUCUACAUCAUCGUCAUCGUCCUGGGCCUCCCCACCAACUGUAUGGCCCUGUGGGCCGCGUACAUGCAGGUGCGGCAGCGCAACGAGCUGGGCAUCUACCUGAUCAACCUGUCGGUGGCCGACCUGCUGUACAUCGCCACGCUGCCGCUGUGGAUCGACUACUUCCUGCAGCACGACCACUGGAUCCACGGCGAGGAGAGCUGCAAGCUGUUCGGCUUCAUCUUCUACACCAACAUCUACGUCAGCAUCGCCUUCCUGUGCUGCAUCUCGCUGGACCGCUACCUGGCCGUGGCCUACCCCAUGCGCUUCGCCAAGGUCCGCCGGAUCAAAACAGCCAUCUUGGUGAGCGCGCUGGUCUGGAUCUGCGAGAUCGUGGCCAACUCGGCGCCGCUCUUCCACAACGAGCUGUUCCAGGACCGCUUCAACCACACCUUCUGCUUCGAGAAGUACCCCAUGCAGGAGUGGGUGGCGGGCAUGAACCUCUACCGCACCUUCCUGGGCUUCCUGGCGCCCUGGACGGCCAUGCUGGUGGCGUACCGGGGCAUCCUGGUGGCGGUGCGCUGCAACGUGUCCACCGAGCGCGAGGAGAAGGCCAAGAUCCAGCGGCUGGCGCUCAGCCUCAUCCUCAUCGUGCUCUUCUGCUUCGGGCCGUACCACGUGCUGCUGCUGUGGCGCAGCGUGCUCUUCCUCAACAAGCCGUGCGACUGCGGCAACGAGGAGAGCAUGUUCGCCGCCUACCACGUGUCGCUGGCGCUUACCAGCCUCAACUGCGUGGCCGACCCCAUCCUGUACUGCUUCGUCAACGAGGGGGCGCGGCACGACGUGGGCCGGGCGCUGACCUCGCUGGUGGACGCCGUGUGCAACCGCCGCCGCGGCCGCCGCAAGGGCUCCGGCUCGCCGUCGCACGCCGACGCCGACGCCGACUUCCUCAACGCGGCCAACUCCGUCUCGGUGGAGACGCCGCUGUCGGCCAAGAAGCAGCCGUGCGUGUACGCCGACGGCACCAAGGCCGGCGGCUACAAGACGGAGCUGGUGGCGCUGAAGGAGGAGUGUCUGCAGAUGACCAUCCUCAGCGGGAGGAAGUAACCGCUGUGGGCCUUGUUCAGCUGACCGCCAUCUUGUUGAUAAACGCUAGCUGGGCAUGCUAGCUGAAAGCUAGCUUGCCCUGCUAGCGAUUAUCACCAAGAUGGCCGCUAGGUGAAUGAGGCCCUUUGACCACACACUAAAAACAAACUUGGGGGUGGGGGAGGGGGACUGCUGCGACGCAACAGCCCAGAGGUGGUGGUGGUGGUGGUGGCGGUGGCGGUGGUGGCGGUGGCGGUGGUUACAGGGCUGAUAGGAUUCGUCAGUCUGCGGGGGCGGCGACCGCGAGCCGAGAACACGAGUCCCCCUUCCUUCCGUGGUGCCGCCCCGCCCAUGAGGCAAAGGGAGUCGAACGAGGAACUGUUUGUGCCACAAUUUGCGCAAUGGCAAACAGUUGGAACCUUUUUUUGCGAAACCCGUCGGUGCCAUGACGAUUGAAUUGUCAAGAACUGUUGAUGACGUGCGACAGCGCGCCGCCAUUUGAAGACAUUGUGAGCGUUGCUCACCGUGUAUGAAGGAAUAGGAAAUGAUAGAACUUUAAAGAAACCUCGCCCGGGCACGGUAAGAGUGAGGGGACUGGGAGGUGUACCGUCCAUUCACGGAGAAGAGGAAGUGACUCUUAGCUAAAGGAACACUGUAUUGGUCGCUGUACAGGAAGUAUGGUCCCAAAUCAUUCACAAUGCUAAUUUAAAAUGUCUCAACUGUUUCCAUUUCAACAGUUUGUCAGGAAGCCAAAAGUCCUUCGGAAGUACCUCAGCUGAUAUAACAUGUAUUUAUGUUAUUUUUGUGAGUCACAGACCCUCAUUGCUACCACAGCAGAACAACAACAACAACAACCCAAAGGUCAAAGGUCAGGGCUGAGUCAGACAUGUGUGUUUGGGGGGGGGGGGGGGGGGGGAGGGGGCGUAGAGGACACGCAACCAGGACAUGAUGUUUCUACUUUAGGGUUCAUUGUAAAAGUCUAAACACUUUAAAAAACUGCCAUGGAUGAAGUAUCUCGUGCAAGAUCUGUGUGAAGCACAGAAAUAAUCCUGUGUUAUAAAGUCCAAAUUGAUGACUUCUCAUCUGGGAUGUGCCUCUCUGGCCAAGUGUAAACAGCUAUGGCCAGGAUGGCUGUGUCCCCUCAGUUUAAUGCUGUGAAUGUGUUUGGCAGAUCAGUUAAUUUAUUACUGGAAAGAACCUCUUCCCUGUAUGUUUGUUGCUAGGCAAUGAUAUUUUAAAAAACAUUUGGUAAUGAACUUUGGUGACAAGAAAACUUUUCAAUAAAUAGAAGGGUGUAAUUACCAGUUUAAGCCUGUAAAUAACUGACGGUAUUUGAGAGGGAGAAGAAAUGUCAAUGACUCGGGCUAGUAUGCCACUUUUCCUUAGUACACAGACACUUUCUAUUAUCAUAAAGAUUUGUCCCAUAGCAUAAAACACAAACUGCACAAGCCAACGUUUUGCCAUUCAUCUGACCUGGGCCAACAAACAAUACAAGGAAUCAUCUGACUUUGAAUAAAAGGAUUAAGAGAGACUAAUACAGUGUUUCCUGUGCACUUACACGUUUUGGCAACAGUAGGUUGCAGCACCAUUGUGGCCUUGUUACGACCAAUUACUAUUCCAUUUAAUAAUAGGUGUUAAUUUACUCCCUAAUUAUGUAUCAGACUCUGUUUGCUCUGUCUAUCGCCAACAAGGAAACAGAAGAGGCCUCAUUGUUUACACAUUGUCGCCCAAGCUGAAAUGUGUUUGUAUGUGUGUGUGUGUAAACACGGAAGCAGCACACUCGACCUCACAAUGGUAAACAGAACAGACUCCCCUGAAUUUGGACACACUAUUGGCCAGGUCAUGGCGACUUCAUUCAUCAAAUAUAUCCAGUUGGACACCAGGGAACAUUGUAAUCCAAAACCAUACCCAAAACACUGUCCCAAUAUACGAUUUCACAAACAACUGACACCAACAGAUGGCGCUGUUGCCAAAUUUCGAUUUUUUUUUUUGGGGUAAGAUUGCUCUUCAAAAAAACCUUUUCUUCUAAAUCUCUAUCUCAUGUUCUCAAGAAUGGCCACUGGGGGCAGGUAGUCUGGUUGUUGUGGUUCUGCUCAUCCUUGUAGUUGGCGGAACCUGAGGGAUUAAAAGACAAUGUUUCUUAGUUAGAACAGACAACGGUGAAAAUAAUAAAAUAUGUGCAUUAA